UGAAAAAACUCAAAAACCUUCUCUCUCUCUCUCAUCCCGAUGGCUUCGUGCCUCAUUCUUCCAACGAUUCCCUCCAAAUUCCGAAAUCCCAAACACACCUCCCACGCCCCUAAAAUCACCUGCUCGUCCCUCACAGCCCAAUCGCAGUCCGGCAAGAAAGAGCUCCUCCGCCUCAUCGCCGGCGAGGACCGAGGCCUCAAGACCCAGCGCAACCCCACGAAGCUCGCCUCCAUCGUCAAAGCCAUCGACGCCCUCGCCGAUCUCGGCGCCGGCGCCGUCACCACCGGCAGCUCUCUCUCCGCCACGUGGCGGCUCCUCUGGACCACCGAGAAGGAGCAGCUCUUCAUCAUCGACAAGGCCUCCCUCUUUGGCACCCGCGCCGGCGACGUCUUGCAGGUCAUCGACGUCGAGAAGAGGCGGCUCAACAACGUCAUCACUUUCCCUCCCGACGGAGUUUUCUUCGUCCGCUCCGACAUCGAAAUCGCUUCGAAGCAGAGAGUCAAUUUUAGAUUUACAAGCGCGGUUUUGCGCGGGAAGAAUUGGGAGAUUCCUUUGCCGCCAUUUGGACAAGGCUGGUUUGACACUGUAUACCUUGAUGAUGAGAUUCGUGUUGUGAAAGAUAUCAGGGGAGACUACUUGGUUGUAGAUCGUGCUCCUUAUGCUUGGAAAGAAUGAAAAAUAAAACUUCUUGCUCUGUUCUUGAAUUACUGGAACAUAACUGACUGCAGAUUUCGAUGCUUACUGUUGCAAGCAAUGUUCAUGAGGACGGACAAGUUGCUGUAGAGCUCCUUUGUAACUGGAAAUAAUAAGGAUCUUAUCUUAAUGAUGCGUCUUCCCAAAUGACUGGUCUCUCCCUCCAUCCAUGUACAUACAUCUGCUUGUGAGUGUAAAUUUGAAUAUGUGCCUUAGAACUGUAAUUAAUAUAUAAUUUUCUUAAUUUCUUAUUAUUUUCUUGCAAGAAUAACAGCUCCACUUUACAGUUUUUUAUUAUAUU